CUCUAGAAUGCCGAAACACAAUAUGGCAAAACUGAACAUUCAAGUGCUGUUGCUUAUCUGUUUGGUGGUGUGCUUAGCUGUGACUGGUUCGAGCUCAAGUACUGAUCAUGAUGCUCUUGUCGCCAUAAAAUCUCGUAUAACUUCUGAUCCCUAUGGCAUCUUGGCAACUAACUGGUCUAGCAACUCCGAUAUUUGCUACUGGCAUGGUGUGUAUUGUAGUCGUGACAAUGAUAGAGUGGUGUCACUAAAUCUCCACAACAUGGGUCUCAGGGGAACACUAGCUCCACAAAUUGGAAACCUUUCGUCUCUUGCUUCACUUGAUAUCGGUCAGAACAAAUUCUAUGGCAAAAUCCCGGAGGAGCUGGCUUGUUUAUGUAACCUAAAGAGGUUAUACUUGGAUGAUAACGAAUUCAAUGGAGAUAUUCUGUCAUCGUUUGGUGGACUGUUUGAUCUUCGGGACUUGCAUCUAGAGAACAAUAAUUUUACUGGUCUAGUUCUGAAUUCAAUUGGUAAUAUCUCAAAGCUAGAAGUGUUGAACAUAAGUUUUAACUUUCUGCAAGGAAAUAUCCCAGAAGACAUCGGCAGACUUUCGAGCCUUAAACAUUUAUCCUUGACGAAUAAUCAGUUAUCAGGUUCACUACCAUUGGCUAUUUUCAACAUGUCUUCCUUACAAAUAAUUGAACUUGCAGCUAAUAAGUUGUCAGAUACUCUGCAAGUAGAUAUUUGUGAUCGUCUUCCUCAGCUGGAAAGGCUAAAUCUUUCUCAGAAUCAUUUCUCUGGGAAAAUUCCUUCUACGAUAAAGAACUGCAAGAAGCUUCAGUACUUGUCCUUGGCUAUUAAUGAAUUUCAGGGAAGCAUACCAAGAGAGAUCGGAAAUGUGACAACACUGAAGUCCUUGUAUCUGGGAUAUAAUCAGUUUCAAGGUCAAGUUCCUAUGGAGCUAGGCAACCUUGUCAAUCUGCAAGAUUUGCACAUCUCGAAUUGCUUUUUAACAGCUGUGUCACCUACCACAUUCAAUAUCUCUUCUUUGAGAAGUAUUGAUCUCACAAACAAUAAAUUGUCUGGAAGUCUCCCGGAGGACAUGAUUGAUUACGAGCACUCAAAUCUUAAGGAAAUAUAUCUGUCGUCCAAUCAAUUCACUGGUCAAAUUCCCUCCAGCAUAUGGAAAGUGAGAAGCUUAGAGAGAUUAUCACUAUCAUAUAAUGGAUGGAUUGGAAGCUUACCAAAAGAGAUUGGAAACUUAACUAUGCUCAAGUAUCUUUAUCUCGGGGCAACCAACUUGACAGGUGGAAUUCCUGACGAGAUUGGUUGCCUGACAAAUCUUAAGGAACUAAAUUUGCGUGAAGGUAGAUUCAGUGGUCCACUUCCAGGUGAUCUUUUCAAUAUAUCAACAUUGGAGAUAAUUGAUUUGUACAGAAAUGAGUUUUGUGGCCAUCUCCCUUCAAGCAUGGGUCACUGGCUUCCUAAUCUUAAAAGCCUCGUUCUAAAUCAUAAUAACUUUAGUGGUAAAAUUCCAGAGUCUACAAAAAAUGCAUCCAAGCUUGUUACAAUAAACUUGAGUAGCAACUCAUUCUCUGGAUCUGUUCCAAAUAAUCUCGGGGAGUUAGAAUUCCUAGAGCGCCUGCUACUUGGAGUAAACAAUUUGACAUGUGAAAAAUUGACUCCGGAGUUAAGGUUUCUCUCUUCGUUAACAAAUUGCAGAAACCUGAAACUGGUGGUAUUAGCAUUGAAUCCAUUAGGCGGGUUUCUUCCAUCUUCAUUAGGAAAUUUCUCUUCCUCUCUCCAACUAAUUCAAGCGUUCGGAAGCAAAAUUAUAGGUAGCAUUCCCAUUGGAAUAGGAAACUUGAGCGGCUUAUGGUAUCUUGGUUUAGAUGACAAUGAUUUGACUGGACCAGUUCCAAGAACAAUAGGAAGAUUACACAAUCUUGAAGUUUUGUACCUCGAACAAAAUAAACUGAAAGGCCACAUACCUGAUGAUAUUUGUGCAUUAGAAAACUUGGGAGACUUGUAUGUUAGCCAGAAUGGACUAAAUGGAUCUAUACCAGCAUGCUUGGGUGGACUCAAAUCUUUGCAAAGGCUAUACCUGGAUUCCAACAAAUUAACUUCUACGAUACCAUCCGCAUUAUGGAGCCUAAAAGAUCUGGUCCUUUUAAAUCUGUCAAGGAAUUUCUUCGGUGGAGAGCUGCCAUCAACUAUUGGAACUGAUUUUAAAGAAUUGACUCUUUUGGACUUGUCUUAUAAUCAAUUAUCAGGUUAUAUUCCAAGAAGCAUUGGAGGUGCCCAACAAUUAAGUUCUCUAUUUUUGUCUAAUAACAAAUUUGGCGGAGAUAUCCCUGAAUCAGUGGGAAACUUGAUUGGCUUGGAAUUCUUGGAUCUCUCGGAUAACAAGUUGUCAGGAAGUAUUCCAAAAUCUAUGGAGAAGCUGAGGUAUCUCCAAUAUCUGAAUGUGUCCUUGAACAGACUUCAAGGAGAAAUUCCUAGCAGAGGAAGCUUUGUGAACUUUACAGCUUUAUCAUUCAAAGGAAAUCGUGCACUUUGUGGCCCACCCUGGCUAGAAGUCCCUCUGUGCAGAGCAAGAACUGCCAAUAGAUCCCAAUCCAAAUUUGUGCCUUUACUCAAAUAUAUCUUACCUUUUACAGCACUGGCCUUACUUAUUGCAAUACUUAUAAUUUUUGUACUAAAUUCUCCAGCAAGAAAUAUUAGGCCAUUGACCACAGGAGAAUCCAUGCUACUGGAAUGGAGAAGGGUGUCAUACAUUGAGCUUCUUCGAGCAACAGAAUCUUUUAGUGAAAGCAACUUACUUGGUACUGGUGGUUUUGGAUCUGUAUUCAGAGGAAUUCUUUCAGAUGGAAAUAUAGUUGCGAUAAAAGUGCUGAACCUGGAGCACGAAGGAGCAAUGAAAAGUUUUAAGGCUGAAUGCGAUGUAUUGCAUCAAAUCCGUCAUAGAAAUAUUGUCCAAAUCAUCAGCAGCUGCACCAACUUGGAUUUCAGUGCCUUAGUACUCGAAUACAUGCCUAAUGGAAACCUUGAGAAGUGGUUGUACUCUCAUAACAAUUACCUGGAUAUGAUUCAGCGUUUAAACAUCAUGAUCGAUGUUGGUUUAGCCAUAGAGUAUCUACAUCAUGGUCAGGUAACACCGAUGCUCCAUUGCGAUUUAAAGCCUAGUAAUAUCUUGCUUGAUGAAGAUAUGGUUGCACAUGUUGGUGAUUUUGGUCUUGCUAAAAUAUUGGGUGAAGAAGAGUUUAUGGAACGAACUGUAACCUUGGCGACAGUAGGGUAUAUGGCACCAGAAUAUGGACGGGAAGGGCUAGUGUCUGCAAAAGGGGACGUCUACAGUUAUGGCGUCGUAUUGAUGGAAACAUUUACAAGAAAGAAGCCAACUGAUGAAAUGAGCCUGAGGAAUUGGGUUAAUGCUGCAUUACAUGGUUCCAUAUAUGAUGUGGUGGAUAAGAAUAUGUUAGCAAGUGAUGAUGAACAUUUGCCUAUGAAAAAACAUUGUUCAUCUUCUAUCUUGUCUUUGGCUUUGGAUUGUACGGCAUUUUAUGCAGCUGAGAGGCCGACUAUGGAAGAAGUUAUCUUUAGGCUCCAGAAAAUCAGAACACUAUUCCCUAGAGAGUUUAUCCAGGUAGUGAUGAUGUGAUGAGUUCUGCAUACAGACUAGCUUCAUAGACAAUGUUAAAUUUAUUUGAAGAUUCUUCAUAAGUUCAUUAAUUGUUUAAUGACUUUCUAAC